AGAAAAGGAGCUGACGCUAUUCUCCGGCGACCAUCUUCUGUCUCUUUCUCACGUAUCCAUAUCCAUAUAUAUACAUAUCGUUCAGAUUAGAUUACGACAUCAUCUAUAGAUAGAGACAGAGAGUGAGGAAAAGAGAAGCUUGAUUGGUUUCUCACUCUCUUAAACACCUCGUUCAAUUCUAAUUCAACGAGGUGUUUAAACCUAUAUAUGAUUCAAUUUUAGUUUUUGCAAUUUGUGUUUUGAGAUUUGAUCGAGUUUUCAUAGGCUAGGUAUAGAUAAUUUAAUAGCAAAUCGAGGAGAUGGACGCUAUAAUGGGCAAGAUUCGGAGUUUGGACGCCUACCCUAAGAUCAAUGAGGAUUUCUACAGCAGAACCCUCUCCGGCGGCGUCAUCACCCUCGUCUCCUCCAUCGUCAUGCUUCUCCUCUUCAUCUCCGAGCUCAGAUUAUAUCUCCAUGCUUUCACUGAGACGCAACUGGUGGUAGAUACCUCAAGAGGAGAAACCCUACGUAUUAAUUUUGAUGUCACUUUUCCAGCCCUUCCAUGUUCCAUACUCAGCCUUGAUGCCAUAGAUAUCAGUGGCGAGCAACAUCUUGACGUUAAACAUGACAUAUUCAAGAAAAGAAUUGAUUCUCAUGGUAAUGUAAUAGAAGAAAGGCAGGAGGGUAUUGGUGCUCCCAAGAUUGAAAAGCCUUUACAAAGACAUGGUGGAAGACUUGAACACAAUGAGACAUACUGUGGUUCAUGCUAUGGUGCAGAAGCGUCAGAUAAUGAUUGUUGUAACUCUUGUGAAGAUGUUCGUGAAGCAUAUCGAAAGAAAGGUUGGGCGAUAUCAAAUCCAGAUAUGAUUGAUCAGUGCAAAAGAGAAGGUUUUCUACAACGAAUUAAAGAUGAAGAAGGUGAAGGAUGUAAUAUAUAUGGGUUCUUGGAAGUUAAUAAGGUGGCUGGAAAUUUCCACUUUGCACCUGGCAAAAGUUUUCACCAAGCUGGUGUUCAUGUGCACGAUCUGUUAGCUUUUCAGAAGGAUACUUUUAAUAUAAGUCACAAGAUCAAUAGAUUAACUUUUGGAGAAUAUUUCCCUGGUGUUGUGAAUCCUCUUGACCGUGUGCAAUGGACACAAGAAUCACCAAGUGGGAUGUAUCAAUAUUUUAUCAAGGUGGUACCUACUGUAUACACGGAUGUCAGUGGACGCACUAUCCAAUCUAAUCAGUUCUCUGUAACUGAACAUUUUAGGAGUGCGGAAGCAGGUCGCCUUCUGUCCCUUCCUGGAGUUUUCUUCUUUUAUGACCUUUCGCCUAUCAAGGUGACUUUCACUGAGGGACACAUUUCGUUUUUACACUUCCUAACAAAUGUCUGUGCUAUAAUUGGAGGUGUUUUCACUGUUUCUGGGAUAUUAGAUUCCUUCAUAUAUCAUGGUCAAAGGGCAAUCAAGAAGAAGAUGGAGCUCGGUAAAUUUAGUUGAGGAUGAAUCCAUUCAGCAUGUGUUGCUGCUGUACGUGUAAUUCUGGUUGGUAAACCCAGCAAAGUGAUUUGCCAGAAAGAAACAAUUUCAAAGAAGGGAAAGUUGGAAACGGACUCUUCCUGCGGGGUUGGCGGGCUGCUUUUGACGCAUCUAAGGUUUUUUCAUGAUCUGUUUAUUCAAUGAAUUAGACUAACUUUGCUGAUAUGUUUAUGUAUUUUAGACUUGCAGAACAGUGCACACAGUUUUCUCAGUCAUAAUAUGUAUUUUCAAUAUUGAUAUGGAUGGAUAUAUGUUUGAAAGAUUCUUAGAAAUGUGAAAAGGAGAGAAACCAGGGAAUUUCUAGUUCAAAAACCAAGAAAUUUUUCUUCUCUUUGCA